UAAUUUUUUAGUUUUAUAUUAACAAUUUCAAUACUCAAUAAGUCGAUAACAACAUUUCAACAACAAUUAUACAAAUUACAGUUUUCACAACCAAUUAGUUUAUUAUUAUAAAUUAUAAUACUUCAUUGUGUAAACAGUGAACAGAUACAACAGUAGAAUAGGUGUACAUUUUUUUGUUUCUAUAAUUUUUAUGUUUGGUGUAUAUGUAUUUGCUUUAGACAGAAAAUGAGUUUGACUUAUAAAGAAUUUAUUGAUUAUGCUUUGGAUUUUAAAAAUCAUUCAGACUCAAUUGAUGAUGAUUGGAAUAUAUGUGAACAUAAAAAUCCUAUGGUAAAGUAAUAUUCAUUUUUUAUUUUAUGAACACAAAAAUAAUAAAAAACACCUAUAGAUACAUUAAAACUUUAAAUAUUAUAUUUAGUACUGCAAAUUGUAUUACAAUAAGUAAACAUGUAAUAUCCUGAUAAUGUUUUGUUUUUUGUUAUAGAAUGGAAGUACUGUAAUAUAUUUGGCUAAAAAAAAGAUGCAAACAUUUAAAAAAACUUCACUGAACUCAAAUCAGUCUGGUUGGUUUAUUGAUUCUUUCUUGUACCUACAUCAUAAUGAUGGGUAUUAAAGAAAAAUAAAAUGUUUAAUUAAAUUUGAUUAUAAAUAUUUUCUUUACUAUUUAAUUGAAAAUAGGCACUUGUUUUUCUAAGUAGAGGGAAACAUAUUUAGUUAUUCGAUUUAUAAUUAUAAUUUUUUUUACCUUAACAACUAUACAGAACUUUAAUAGGUAUUACUUUAAAAAUUUAAUAUAGAAUUUCAAAUUUUGCUCAAGAACAUUUAUUUUUCCAAAUAAGAUUAUUAUCACAAUGUACAUUUAAAUAUUAAAAAUCAAUAAUAUAUACUGGCAUGUUCUAAUGUAACGUUUCAAAAAUAGUAUAUUACCAAAAAAAAGUGUCCUCUUUGUUAUAAAUUUAUAAUUGGAAAGUAUUACUAAAAUACCAUGUAUACUUUGUACCUUUACUACUUAUGUAACUAGUUGCCUUGUUAUACUUUAAAUAAAGUAUUUCUCUUGUAGAGUUUCAGGGAGAAAAAAAUAUUUAUCCAGUUAUGUGUGAAUAUCAUAUAUUAUAUAAUUCAAGCUAUUCGUGUCCUGACAUGUUUUUCAAUAUGUGGUAUACAGGUAAACUAAGUAACAAUUUAAAAAUUAUAUCAAUUAUUACACUAUUGAGGAAACCAUAUUAUAUUUUUUUAUUCAGAUGGAAAAUUAUUAUCAUUGGAAGACAUAUGGUCUAUGGUUCAUUCAAUUUUUAAACAAAACAUAGAACAUGAUAAAUGGAAUUUUAUUACACAAAAGGUUUUUUAUUUUUUAAUUGCAAUCUCAGGUAAAUAGUUAUUUAAAAAUGUAAGUAAUCAAUUUAAUAUUAUUUUAGGAACAUUUAUUAAACAACAAACCAUUUUUUAGAAUACACCCUUGUCAGAAUACACAUGUUUUAAAAACAUUGGGUUUUUCUUCAGAAAAUAUAUAUAAGUAAGUCAAAAAAUAACAAUUGUUUUUUUUUCUGUUUAAAAGAGUUAAGCAAAUUAAAUUCCAUUACUUAAAAUUACUACUGUGGCCUAUGUUUAUUAUUUAAUUACUAUAUUUUCUUUUAUAGCUGUGCUCUUUAUUCAUAUAGGCAGAACCAUGCCUAGGGGGGGUGCGAGAAGUGUUCAUGGGAUCCGAAUGCCCAGCAGACAGGUUGAGCCUUAUUUUUAGCUCAUCGGAAUAAAUUUUUCUGGCACUAAGUGUAAAUUUUGCUGGGCAUGGUACUGCAUAUAAGUGAAGUCUGCUACUCUUAUUCUUACCAUCUACAUGUCCCUCUAUCCUUCACUAUGUUUUCUAUGUUUCUUCUUUGUUUACCUAAUAUGUCAUUAUAAUAUAAUUUUUAUUCUAUUCAUACAUAAAUUUCUGAAUACAAAAAUAAACAAAAUUAUCAAAUUUAACUACUUAUAAAAAAAAAAAAAAAGAAAUAAUAAUAAUUGACUGUCUUGUCCUAUGCGUUAUACCAUAUUUUACUACUCUACAGCAAUAUUUAAAUAAUAUCUUCUUAUAAGAAAUGGAUGAUGUUAUAAUGUAUAUAAAUGUUAUAGUGUUUUAUUAUGUUAAAAUUAUUGUACUGAUAUUAUCUUGUUAUUCAUUAACAUUCAUUUUUAUACGAAUAUAAAAAUAAUUAGAAAAAAAAAAUUGUAAUAUUAUUAGGUAUGCAACAAAAUACCUUCCUUGGUUAUUGUUGCACAAGCUGAAUGGGUCUUCUGUAGUUUCUUACUCUUAAUUCUUCAUUUUGUAUAUCAUAAAAUUAUUUUGCUGAAAUUUUGAAAUGUCAAGUAUUAACUAAAUAUACAAUCAAAAAUAAUAUAUUUUAUAUAAACUCAUAGAUUAAAAAAUAACAGUGUAUGGAGAGAGAGUGCUAAUCUUUAUUAUCAUUAAAUCAUAAUAAUAAAGAUAUAAAUAGCAUGUUAGCCUAGUAAUCAAUAUUAUUGAUGAAUAAUAUUAAAUUAAUACUUAUUUUUCAGGUAUAAUCCUUUAAUAACUUGGUUAAGUACUAUUAAUUCAUUUAUCGGCCUGGAACUUCCGGAAUCAUAUGGAUGUAUAAAUUCAAAUUUUUUACCUAUAUAACUCAUAUUCAUAUUAGAGAAAGGCUAUUCAUUUUGUGGAAAUAUAAAAUUUUAAUUUGAGAAAUGUAUUAUUUAUGUCAUAAUUAUUAGAACAUAUUAUUGAUAAAGGUUUUUGUAAUAUUUGCCUAAUAAAUGAGCAUGUUGUAACUUUGUAAGUAUUGAAAAAAUUACUUUGGAAUGCCUUAAAAAAAUAUAUAUGUAACUCAG